ACCUCAAACUGGAGGAUCACAUCUGUGAUAAAGUUUUCCAUCUUCGCUGAGACGAUCGUCAGAUGGUCUGCGUAAUGUUACUGAUGGAGGCUUCAGCACCAGCUUAUCUUGCAUAUCAGUAACCUGAGCAGAGGCAAGAUGAAACUGAACACACCGGCUCAGCCAUUACACUGGGGUCUCCUGCUUCUCUAUAUAGUAAGCCUCUUCAGCCAGCUAGUGUCCACUGGCAACCAAAGCUCCCGAGGACAGACAGGGUCACCGCAGGAGAGGACAGGGACUUGUGAAGUGGUUGCUGCUCAUCGUUGCUGCAAUAAGAACAAGAUUGAAGAACGCUCUCAAACAGUCAAGUGCUCGUGCUUCCCAGGACAGGUGGCAGGGACAACAAGGGCUUUGCCCUCUUGUGUUGAAGCCUCCAUUGUGCGUCAGAAGUGGUGGUGUAAAAUGGAACCGUGUCUGAAGGGGGAGGAGUGCAGAGUUCUCCCUGACCUCACCGGCUGGUCAUGCAUCUCUGGGAACAAAGUAAAGACCACAAAGGUGAGGAGAAGGCCGGCAUUAGUCUGA